AGUCUGUGCGCUGGUGGAAGGCACAUUUCGCUUUGGAUUUACAUCUAGCGAGUGCUUCCAAUAUCACAAACUCAUCUUUUUUUGCCGUCUGAUUAGAUUAAGCUGACAUUUUUACACCGGUGUUCUACUGUUUCACACCUUUUUUAAAGAAUUGGAGGACGGGAUUGUGCCAUAUUGGAGCUGUCUGAUGCGCGUCAAGAGACACUAAAAAAAAGCCAUAGUCGACGUUUAAUCCUUUGCUCAAUGCUUAUUCUGCUAUAGCUCCAGCGAAACGUGUCUCCAAAUCUAUAAUUCUACCUGUUUUGUUGUCAGUUUUUACCUAAACCUAGAGGUUCUGUGGAAGACAAAUGGCUCUGAGACGUUCACCUCGCUGCGCGCACCGAUCCCUGUGAUGUGGAUCUGUCACACUUUGUCACGCUUUUGUAUGGCUAUAGCUGGAGAUUUUUUACACAGAGGACACACUUUGAGGAGUUGAAACUUUUUUCUUUUUUUUCACUGUCUGUGUAAAGGCUGACCGGUUCAUCCCCAACACCGAUGAUGACUGAAAACAAUGAGAUGGAGAGCGACCCGCAGCUCCAGCGCUCUCCAAGCACCAUGUCCAUCCAGCCCAUGUCAUCCAAGCUCCAGAGACUAAAGCGUUCCCUGUCGUUCAAGACUAUGAUGCGCAGUAAAAGCAUGGAGAACUUCUUCCAGAGGUCGUACAGCGACGCUCGCCUGCCUCCGGACUUCAUCACCGACCCUCCGCCUCCAUCUCCUCCACCGUUGCCCGGUUCUCCCCUCGUUGGUGAACGCUCUCCGUCCAUUUCGCCAUCUCUGAGCCCCAACCCCUCCAUCGCCUCCCACUCCCCCUCUCUCAGCCUUUCUCCAUCGCUGCCCACCAAGCCCCCCCGACCUCAGAUUAACCACUGUUUCCAGGACCAUGUCUUUCGUAAACCCACCAACUGCCAGCACUGCAAACACAUGAUAGUGGGAAACUCCAAACAAGCCCUGCGGUGUAAAACGUGCAAGAUGGCUGCUCACCUGUGGUGCACCUCAGAACUAUCGCAGCAGCCCUGUCAUGGGAAGUCUGGAGCGUUCAAGCGAAACUUCAGCUCGCCCAUGCUCGUCAACGACCAAUUGGCUGUCGUCAAAGAAGUCCAGCCAAGCCAAGAGGCUGCACGGACGCGUGUAGAUCCCGUGUAUGCCGCCUUACGCUACGGGACGUCCUUGGCACAGAUGACCCGCUCCAGUUUCGGCAGUUUGUCCGAGUCACCAACACGCAGCCUGGGGGAGGGGGGUGAGGAGGGUCAGCAGAGACAGUGCAGCAUGGAGGAGGAGAUAACUCAGGAGACAGGGGACACCCCUGCGCCCGACGCUGAGAUGGAGAAGGAGGAAGACACCGGCAGCGUCCAAGCGCAGACCCCUGCAGAGGAAAGCAGCGUGGCGGUGCCCAAGCGCAUUGAAGUUCACUCCAUCCACACUUAUGUAGCGCUCUACAAGUUUCUGCCUCAGGAACAAAAUGACCUGGAACUACAUCCCGGUGAUCGGGUGCAGGUCACUGACGACUCUAAUGAGGAAUGGUGGAAGGGUAAAAGUGGCGACAAAGUUGGUUUCUUCCCGGCUAAUUUUGUGCAGAGGGUUCGGCCAGGAGAGAGAGUAUGGAGGGUCAUCCAGGGUGCCCCCGGCAACCGAGAGAGAGGUCACAUGGCCGUCAGGGAAUCCCAGAUCUGUGUGGGGAAGCGAGAAGAUGGCGAGGUCUUUCUAAAGCUAAGCAGCGGGAAAAAGAGAGGGCUGGUCCCAGCUGACUCCAUAGAGGAGAUCUGAGGCGUGCGAUUUAUGCACAGCUCUAACCUUCUACUUUCCCCAGGGAUGCACCUAACUUCAAACUACAAACACCUCCCCUCAAGACCCCCCUUGGCCGCAGCCUCCUCAACCCUCCCAAAGACAGUAAUGAGACACAGAUAAAGUGGACAGACCACCACACACUUCUGCAAAACGAAGGAAACACAACUUGGGUCCACUGCUGAACACGUUUCCAGUUUAAUUGGUUCACUGUAUGUCCAGAACUGAAUCAACAUUAAUGAUGUAGGUCUACUUUUAGAAAGGAGCGGCUUCUCAGCAAUUUAGUUUUGCUGUAGGUUUGUUUUAAAGGUUCAGUGUGUGGUAUUUGGGAAUAUAUUCGAACAAUGAACUUGCAACUGUUUACCCACCACCCACUUGUGGUAACUGUAAAUAACAUGGAAGUCCAUUCAGUAGGUUUACAUGACACAUAAAAAGCCAAAUUAUUGCAUUAGUCUGACUAAUGCUGGAUAUUAAAAGUACAUGUAAACGAGUUGGCUCGACUGAAAAUGGAAGUUCUAAUAGUCGGACUAACACACUUAUAGUCGUGGAAAAAAUUAUGAGACCACCUUUGUUUUCUUCAAUUUCUUGUUCAUUUUAAUGCCUGGUACAACCAAAGGUACUUUUUUUUUGGACAA